ACCUCAUUGCACAAUGGUCACGCCUUAUUUUACGUGAGAAAAAAAAGAAAGAAAAGAAAGCAGGACCAUCCGACCGGUAGGGCUCAGACUCUCGGCUCCCAUGUGUUUGAGUGCACGGGCGGCGGCCAUGCUUUCUGCAGUGCACGCUGUUUAUUGACUGCUUUCAAAGGGAGGAGACCCGGUUUAACCCUUCGCAGGAAGGAGCGGUGGGAAAGUCCACGUAGACCAAUCAGAACCGCAUCCAAGUCCCCGCUUUUGGUCGUGGGCCGCCAGCUGCUGUCAGCUCAGACGGAGAUUCCAUCAUUCAUUGACUAAUAACAAUCGAUGGAUUCGGGAAAGGAGCCACGAGUCCUACGCCAAAAAUUACUCCGUAGUUUUCCCAUACGAUGAACCUCUUGCUGGAAGGGGCAUGCGGAAGGAUCCCUUGUACGAGGAGCUGCUCCAACAAGGCUGUGUAUUCCAAGAGAGGCACGGCUGGGAACGGCCUGGUUGGUUUAAUCCAGAAGGACCAGCUCCGGUUGAAGACUAUGAUUAUUAUGGCUCCUAUGGCCUUCAGCCGCACCAAAACUACACCUACAGUCAACUCCUGGAGAACGAGUACACCUUCAACUUCCCGCCGCAUCAUGAUGUGAUCAGGAAAGAAUGUGUUAUGUGCAGGAGCGCGGCGGCUGUCUUCAACAUGUCCUACUUUGGAAAGUUCUACCUAGUUGGGCCAGAUGCCAAGAAGGCGGCCAACUGGCUGUUUACUGCCAACAUUGACAAGAAUCCAGGUACAACCGUAUACACCUGCAUGUUGAACGAGAGGGGAGGAACCGAGAGUGAUCUUACGGUCAGCGUCUUUACACCUGAAGGGUCCCCAUCAGUUAUUGCUCCAGAUUUUGAGGGUGAUGCUUACUAUCUGGCCAUCGGAGGCGCUGUCGCUCAACACAACUGGAGCCACAUCAACAAUGUCCUGCAGGACCAGAAGUUCAAGUGCAAGCUGAUAGACUGUUCUGAAGAUCUGGGGAUGAUAAGCAUUCAGGGGCCUGCCAGCCGCUCCAUUCUUCAAGACGUUCUGGAUGAAGAUCUAAGCAAUGAAGCUUUUCCGUUCUCCACUCACAAGAUUGUGACGGCUGCUGGGUUUAAGGUACGUGCCAUCCGGUUGUCAUUCGUAGGAGAGAUGGGCUGGGAACUGCAUAUGCCCAGGGGGGCCUGUGUGCCCGUAUAUCGAGCAGUCAUGGAGGCCGGAGCCAAGUAUGGAAUUGGCAAUGCUGGGUACAGAGCCAUUGACUCCCUCAGCAUUGAAAAAGGUUACCGGCACUGGCAUGCAGACCUGCGCCCCGAUGAUACACCCCUGGAGGCCGGCCUGGCAUUUACCUGCAAACUCAAGUCCAGUACUCCAUUUCUAGGACGGGAAGCAUUGGAGGAGCAGAAGUCCGAGGGGGUUCACAAGCGUCUGGUGGGAUUUACUAUUAAUGAGAAGGUUCCUCUGUUUGGACUAGAGGCCAUUAGGAGGAAUGGGGUAGCUGUGGGUCACAUCCGCAGGGCCGACUUUGGAUUUGCGAUUAAUAAAACCAUUGCGUACGGAUAUAUCAGAAAUCCUGAUGGAGGUCCGGUCACCCUGGAUUUUGUUCGUAGUGGAGAAUACAGCCUGGAAAGGAUGGGGGUGACGUACCCCGCAGAGGCCCACCUCAAAUCUCCGUUUGACCCCAACAAUAAUCGGAUCAAGGGGAUAUACUGACCUGGUCCCAGUGACACAAUCACAUCCCGAGCCUUUUCUGAACCCCUCCAGCUACCUCCCCAACUUUAGAGCCCAUCAUGAAUCGCUGCCUGGACUACUUUGUGUAUCCGCCUUCUCCAAAAAUGACGGGGGAGAUUUAUAACCUGCGCAAAGGAAAAGUUGCCCAGUUGCCCAUAGCAACCAAUGAGCUCGCUUCUUUCAUUUUUAAAGAGGCCUCUGAAAAAUGAAAGAAACAAUCCGAUUGGUUGCUAUGGGCAACUGGGCAAUUUUUCCUUUGCACAGGUUUUGAUAAAUCUCCCCCGAUAUCUCUAUCCCCCAUUUUGUUAAUUUUAUAAUCAAGAUGGCGCCUAAGAAGGACCAGAGGUAACUUGCUGUACCCAUAAAACCGUGUAUGUGUCACUAAGCUGGACCGAUAAUAUACCUAAAAAACUGGAGUACUGACAAAUUUUUAUGUCCUGGAUCCCUUUCUUUUUGGUGGGGAACAUGAUGUUGUCUAGGCAUAGUCAUGGUCAGGAUUAGGCAUACCUUCAAUGGUCAAGUAGGUUUGCUUACCGGACCCUCACUCAUGCCUAUGGGGGCCCGGGGGUUUAUCAAUGGCUACACCUCUUUAUUCUAGUCCUACAGUCCAGCCUUCACCAACCAGACACUGGAGUUAUGGUGGACAAAACAGGACCGGUCAUCUUACUUUAAGACAGGGCCCGCCGUCAAGUACACUCCU